CAUAAAUCUUUGUUCCUUUUUGUAGAUAUAAUGAAUAAGAAACCAAGACUAGCCUGGGAACUUUAUCUCAAGAUGGAAACCUCUGCAGAGUCCUUUAGCCUCCUACAGCUCAUUGCCAAUGACUGCUACAAGAUGGGCCAGUUUUACUACUCGGCCAAAGCCUUUGAUGUCCUGGAGAGGCUGGACCCUAACCCUGAGUACUGGGAAGGCAAGAGGGGCGCCUGUGUGGGCAUCUUCCAGAUGAUCCUAGCUGGGAGAGAACCCAAAGAGACUCUUCGAGAAGUGCUCCAUCUCCUGAGAAGCACAGGCAACACCCAGGUGGAAUACAUCAUCCGGAUCAUGAAGAAAUGGGCCAAAGAGAACAGGGUGCCCGUCUGAAACCGCUGCGGAGGACUGGGGGCCAGUCACUGCUUCGCCAUGAAACUGGACAUCGUUUUGUCCCUCCAGCUCGAUGUGAGAGGCAGGCCUCUAUUUUAUUGAUGUUUCCUUUCCUUGAUCCUCAAGCCACAGCCCCCUGACUGCUGGCGCCUUGCCUCCUGGCGGAGCUGCGCCGUCGCCCCUGCCGUGGGCUCCGUGGGGUCCGACCAGCCACGGGACUCCGGACUUCCCCGGUGCCUUUCUUCCAGAAAGACUCAGGACUGUGACAUUUUUUACUGACUUCAGGGAGGUCGGCAUAACUUUUCUUUAUAUUAACAUUCCACGGCAUUUUCUCCAAGCUGCAGUAAAAAUGCCAUGAACGCGCAGGAGUCCCCAUCGUUCUGGCAACCUGUCGUCAGCCCUCUCUGCACGCUGCCCUGGGCACGGAGGGAUGCCAUAGGCAGUCCUGUGAUGUGCCUCUGAGUCUCGGGAGGACGGAAGUUAUGCAUAGCUAGAUGAUGCUCGGGAUGGCGGAAAGGGCCUCCAUCAAGUCACUCACAGGUAGUAGGCUUAGGGGUUAAUCCUUCAGUCAAUGAAU